AUGACAUGGUCAGGGCACCGGGCCAAGAACAGCAGCCUGACUCCGUUUUCGGAUGGGCGGGCUGCUGCUGGCAGAAGGGCGACUCCAGGACAAGCGCUCAUGAACUCAGGCACUUCGGAAACAUCGCAGAGGAAAUUUCCGCCUUCCAAAGCAGCUACAUCGAAUGUCAUACUCACUGUGGAUGACGAUAUGGUGAACCAGCAAGUCAUGCACUCCCUCCUUCGGUCCAGCGAGUACACUAUGAAGGUCGCUGUCCAUGGUGGAGAGGCCCUGAGCUACCUGAGCGACAACCCACUUCCAGCUCUUGUCCUCAUUGAGGUGAUGAUGCCAGGAUUGUCGGGACCAGAUGUGCUGCGGACAUUGCGACAGAAGUACCCGGUGGAAGUCUUGCCCGUCAUCGUGAUGUCAGCCAGCAGCGACAAGGACAUGAUCACCAAGUGCUUGAAGCUGGGUGCCAACGAUUUCGUGAAGAAGCCGUUCCAUCCCUCAGAGUUGCUCGCCAGAAUGCAGCUGCAAUGCAACCUUGCACGAGCUCACCGACGUCUCAGCAAUGACAGCCCGCCGGUGCCAGACACUACACCAGAGGUGGACGACUACGACGUGAAAGCUGUGGGCUGCGUGGAUGCAAGACUUCUGGAGGGUAUGAUUCCGGUGGGGCUACUGGAGACGUUGACAUCUGCUUCUGGGAGAAAUCCAGAGGUGAGUCCAGAGGCAGCCCGACAGCAAGUCGAGGAGUUCCUGAGCAACUCCGAGAAGAUUCAGCAAAUGACCAACACCAUUGAAGAGCUGCAGUCGAGUCUGGCUGAGGAGAGGGCAAAGCACGGUGUGCUCUCUGAGAGCCAGCUGCUGCUAACGAAGAGCCAUGCUGUUCGCCAGCAACGCCUUCAAGAGGAGGUCAAGAACAGGGAGCAGCGCUUGCUUAGCUUUGGGCGUUGGCGACAUGCCCAGAAAGCUCUGCCGCCAAGUCACCACGGGGGUGCCAGCAUAGCGAAGAACAUCAACCGUCUGGAUGAGUCUUUGAUGCUCAAAGAAAGCCGCGCCAGCGGAAUCAUUGCCUCGCUGCCUGAAGCAGAAGCCUCGGUGCUGUGCGAGCUCCUGACCGGGCUGCGCGAGGAGGCCUUGCGCUUGCUGCAGGAGAGCUCCUGCAAGGAUCAGCUCCUUGCGGAUGCCAGUUUCAAGAUGCAGUUGCUGGGCAUGAGCCUCGUGCAGAAGGACAUGCAGCUGGGCUUGAGUUAUCCCAACGCCUGCACAGAUCCUGCUGAAUGA